UUUUUUAAUUUAGGUCGAUUUUCUCGAAGUAAUGGCAAAGAAACUUGAUUGCAUUAGGAAUAAUUCUUCUUUACGUGAUCUAUUGUCGGCAAAAAAACCGGUCAAGAUUAAAGAAAUAGUUCUUUCCACUGAAGACUACAUCCUUGUUGGUGUCGACCUACAGAAUAUUAGAAAAGUGGACCAUUUUUUUAUGGAAAUGGGAAUCGGAUACUCUGCUCCAACACUCUUCCUGUCAGAAUGUGCUAUUGUAUACAUGGAUGUGAAGAGCUCUGAUGAUCUAAUUCGAUGGUCAGCCGCUAAAUUCCCAAAUUCUGCAUUUGUUACGUACGAACAGGUCUAUCCAGAUGAUGGUUUCGGAAUAAUAAUGCAAAGGCAUUUUGCUUCUUUGAGAUCUCCACUAAAGUCUUUAAUUGUGUACAAAAGUAUUUUGUCUCAACAAAACAGAUACGGAAAUUUGGGAUGGGAUUCGUGCUGUGUAUUUACCAUGAAUGAUUUUUACAAAAGUCUUUCUGAUGAAGAAAAAUCCAGAGUAAAGAGAAUAGAGAUGUUUGACGAGUUUGAAGAAUGGCAUUUAAAGUGUUCCCAUUACAUUCUUGUCUGUGCCUGUCAGGGAGCUCUACUGCCAUUUCUUGAUAUAGCUCAAAAAAUUAGUUCCAACAAUCAAUUAACAGAUUACUCUGGGAGGUUAGAAUGGAAGAUUUUACCCAAAUGUUCUCAUCUUCAAAGGUUUGGACACAAAUCUGUUCUGAUGGAAAAUCAAUUAAUAGCAAUUAUCGGAGGAUUCGGGACAAGGGAAGGAAAACAUCUUCGACUCGGUGAUCUAGUUUUGUAUGAUGCAAAGACCGGGAAUCAUGUCUGUUAUAAUAUUUAUUUUAAUGACCAUUUAUUAGAUAUAAUUCAUUCAUCUGUGAUUACUUUGAAUUGCAAUUCUCUGCUUAUCGUGGGAGGACGAUCUUCACCGAUCAGAACCCAGAAUGAAAGUCUACGUAUCGAUUUAGAAAUAAAUUCCGAUGAAUCGGAUGCAGAAGUCGCGAAACAUAGAAUCGAAAAUUUGCAUUCAAGUAGAAUUUUUGAUGAUCAGAAUGUUAUUUGUAAUACUAAAAAGUUUACAUGUACAUCUUUUUCUAUUAAUGGAUGCAAACCUCUCAAUCGAUGGCGACACACUACUACUUGUGUAAAGUUUAAAGGUAUAGAUCAUAUUGUCGUAUUUGGAGGAUGCAAUCUGGAAAGUGAAGUGCUGGGAGACUGUCUUGUGUUGAAUAUGAAAAUGCUAAUUUGGAAACAAGUGGAAAAUUGCCAGCACUUUCCCGAACCAAGGCAUUCUCAUUCUGCGGUUGUUUGGAAUUUUGGUGUCCUCAUCUCCUGUGGUCUCGGUCGGAAUGAUCGACCUCUAAAUUCAGUUUUCUUUUUAGAUUUAGAAUCUCUGUCUUGGAGGGAGCUGCAGCUAGUUGGACUUUUGCCAAGAUAUUCUCACACAUCUCAUAUCUGGAAAGAGAAGUUGUUACUGUUGGGAGGAGUGAACAUUUUUUCAGAAUUGUCUCCUGGAGUGGCUGUUGUGGACCUUCUUUCCCUGAACGUAUGCGAACUGAGACUUCCGAUUCAAGAUCCAGAGAAUCCAGUUCUCUUGCACAAACACAUCAGCGAACUAGUCGAAGAAACUGGAGAAAUCAUCAUACUGGGUGGCGGAGGAAAUUGCUUCUCUUUUGGGACCCAUCUGAACAACAGUCCGAUUAUUCUUCCCGUAGAACAAUUUUUAUGAGUUUUACGAGUUAAUUUUGAAGGGAUCAACAAAUCAAUCUGUUUUGUAACAUUAGGAGAAACAUUACUUGAAUCAUUUCAUUGAUUUCAUCACUAAUUGUACAUUCAAUAAAGAAAUUCUCAAAAAGUAAGUUCGUUUAUCACAUUAACAUGAAAAUUCAUUGAGGGUCCCUCAGGUAGAAUCAAAAAUAGUUAUAGUACUGUACUCUUAGUUAAUGAUUCUUGAAAACUCACUAGUUUAUGAUCAAUACAAAUUGAUAUAAAACAAUUUUGUUCUUCUGGGUAUGAGCACAGAAUAUAUUCUACCAUCAAUAAUAUCAAAGGUAUAAACAACAAAUUAAUCUUAAUAUUUGAAAAUUUAAAGUUUCUUAGCUUUCAAACUACAGAAUUUUAUAGGAUUAGAAUUGUCUUACUUAAUGUUACGUUCACACUGCCAAUGACAAUGAUGUGUUUGUUGCCAAAGCAUUUACAUUGUCCAGUAAUUUUCAUGUUAGUGUGUGCAUAAUUUACAUUGGGCUUGGUAUUACUCCACUAAUUUUUGCAUUUUAACACUAAAAUGUUCUUUGUUUUAAAAAUGGAUUUGCAGACAAUAUGUUAAUUUUUGAUGCCAUUUCUAUGUGAGAUUGCUACGUUUAACUAUAAUUCUCUUCCAAGUUGUCUUACCUCUCGAUUAUUCUUCCUUUGACUUCUUUUGUCUAAUACAGGGCUUCUUAAACUAUGGGUCGCGACCCCAUUUGGGGUCACUUAGCGAAAUCUUGGGGUCGCGAGAUUUUAAUGCAAAAUAUUGAAAAUAAUUUGUGAGAGUU